AUGCUGGCCCUGUCCCCUCUCCUGCUCCUCGUUUUCCCCGCCGCGCUCCUUGUGGCCGCGCACGGCGCCGGGGACCUCCAAGGUUUCGCCUUCCACGACCCCUGCAUGGUGGUGUAUCCACCAUGCAUGAGCGAGGCGGAUCGCUACAGCCUGGAGGCCCUGCGGAGCAUCCAUCAGAUGAUGGACGAUGACCAAGACGGAGGGAUUGAGGUGGAGGAGAGUGUGGAGUUCAUCAUUGAGGACAUGAAGCAGCAGCAGACCAACAAACACAGCCACCUGCACAGAGAAGACCAACACAUCACAAUUGAGGAGCUCUGGAGGGGCUGGAAGUCGUCUGAAGUGCAUAAUUGGACCCAGGAUGACGUGCUUCGCUGGCUGAAGGAUUUUGUCGAGUUGCCCCAGUACGAAAGGAACUUUAAGGACUUUAAGGUCAAUGGAAACACUCUCCCCAGGAUUGCAGCCAAUGAGCCUUCAUUCCUGAGUGGUCAUCUGAGGGUUCAGGACCAAAGAGACAAACAGAAGCUCAACAUCAAAGCUCUGGACGUUGUCCUGUUUGGACCGCCUACACGCCCCCCUCAUAACUACAUGAAGGACCUGCUGCUCAUUGUAUCGGUGGUGAUGGGAAUUGGAGGCUGCUGGUUUGCCACGGCCCAGAACAAAUCCAGUAAAUUCCACAUAGCCAGGAUGAUGAAAGAUUUGGAAAGUCUGCAGAGGGCUGAGCAGAGCCUCACAGAUCUGCAGGAACAGCUCGAGCGAGCGCAGGAGGAGAAACGCAACGUCGCAGAGGAGAAACAGAACCUGGAGGAGAAGAUGAGGGAUGAGAUCAUGGGGGCGCAGGAGGAGGCUUACCGCCUGCACGAGCUGAGGCAGGGAGCCGUCAGCGAGCUCAGCCGGCUCCGAUACGCAGAGGAGGAGCUGCUACAGGUCCGCGGUGCACUGAAGCAGGCGGAGAAGGACAUGCAGGCUAGCUCGACUGCCUCCGAGGCCCUCCAGCUAUGGUUGCAGCUGACCCAUGAGGUCGAGGUCCAGUACUACAACGUCAAGAGGCACAGAGCAGAACUACAGCUUGCCAUCGCAAAGGAAGAGGCAGAGAGGAUUAAGAAGAAGAGGAGUUCUCUGUUCGGGACUCUCCAUGUCGCACACAGCUCAUCUCUAGACCAAGUUGACCAAAAGAUCCUGGAGGCGAAGAAUGCCUUGUUUGAAGUAACAGCCUGCCUACGGGAGCGCCUCCAUCGCUGGCAGCAGAUCGAGCGCUUCUGCGGCUUCCCCAUCAUCAGGAAUCCCGGCAUAGCCAACCUCACUGCUCAGCUCUACUCAGACUCCAUCCCCCUGGGGUUUCCCAGAGUGCCCAAGCCAUCUUGGUCAUGCCACAGCUCCGUCCAUGGAUCAGUGGAGGAUCUGUUAGAGGAGUCCACUUCUCCAAUCAUACCUCAGAUGCCAGUUCAACCAGUGAUGCGCUCUCCUCAAACACGUGGAUCCACCAUAUGUCGGUCACGUCGUCCCGGCACGAUCACUCAGCCAGCGGCCGCAAUGAUCUCGCCAGACCCAGACCUUCUUACCCCCUUCAGAGCACAAUACCCUUGUGAGGAAGAGGGGCUUUUCCUCAAAACUCUAAAGAAACAAGACUCCCAAGAGAUGUUUUCCGACACAGAACAUAUGACUUCACCUCCUCUCAGCAAAAUGUUCCCUAGUCCUACUGUUGACACGUCCUCUCAAAAGCUCUAUCAUGAUGAAACUGAACUGUUUUUGGACAGUACCAUCACAAAGCAUUUGAGUCAAGAAGAAGAAGCUGUUGUUGAAUCUCCAGUUCGCAAAACUUCGGCAGAAGAACUUGAAGCUUGUCUAGACGAUGAUGAUGGUGAUCAUCCGUUUGACUCAGUGUCCAGAAGGAUCACAAGAGGUUCAAUGGAAACAUCCUUUGACACAGGUUCCAGAAAGUUUGUAUGGAAAAAGGACUGCCAGCUUGAUUCCUCUGUAAGGGCGUUAGCAAUGGACAAAAUGUUUGAGGCCACUAGAACACCACCAAGAAAGAUAUCCAGAGAUGAGCUGGAGUAUUUGACGGAUACUGCUUCCAUAAAUUUGCUGCCCAGAGAGAGAUUUGAAGCACUUAUGGAUACCUCGUCCUCUCCAGAGAAGCAAGAGUUCAGUUUAGAACCAUCAACAAGUAGGAGGAUACUGAGAGAUGAACUUGAGAUGUCUGCUGGUUCUCUCAAAAGGAGAAUACCAAGAAAGUUAAGAGUUGACAUUGACACUUCCAUAGACACUCCCACAGGAAAAAUCUCCUGGGAUAUAGUUGAUGUUCCAAUGGAAAUAUCUAAACAAUCAAUACUCAGAGAGGAGUCUGGAGCAUCCGAAUCAAGUUCAUCUCCAGGACGCACCAUGAGGUCUGGACAGCCAGACCUCAUGGUGACCUCCAAGGUACCAUGGGAUUCGUCAUCAGAACUUUUCACUGGCCCACUGAGCCAGCUUGUGUAUGAUGGAAUCCUGGAGAAGUCUUGCGACUCCGGGGCUACAACCCCAACCAGCCUCUCCUCCUCAACACCCAACCUGCCCCAGAGCGGGCUGCUAGCAGAGGUGGAGCCACCAUUGCCGCCAUCAAUGAUUGCUUUCCCAUCUCCCUCAUCGCCCCCUGAGACUGGAGAUGAGAAAAACAAACAUAAGGAAAAGAGCAAGAAAUCCUUGAAGCUCAAAAAUCUUUUCAAAAAGAAAACUGAGUCAACUCCAGAGAAGCCUCAAAGUGGUCUACAAAAACUCUGA